AUGGGUAAGUUGUUGAGCUCCUUAUUUUGUUGUUCCGCUCCAGAGGAGGAACAGAAACCGCCGCCGAAACACACAGCCAUCCGCCCCACUACCUCGCGGAACGUCCACCCCGUCAAAUCGAACGUGUCCAAAACCGCCGUGUCAUUACGCAAAGCCGUGGAGACGCGCAAACCGGACGAAUUUGACGACGAGAAAGUGCAAAAAUCAAAGGUGCGAGUCCUGAACACCGAGUUGGAUAACUCGACGAACGAGUCAGAAAGUGCGGCACAGACGAAUACAAACAACAGCCUGGAGACCAAGACAAUGCCUGUAAAGUCCCUUAGCGACACAGACACCUCCCAGGUGCUCGCCUCAGUGAGCAAUACGCCGCAACAGGAACUUGACCCCUAUGACGACGAGGUUGCCGGCUUGGACCUUGUGUCACCGCAACCGGGCCAAGUGCUUGCCUCCUCCGGCUGGUUAUUGGACCCACCCGCGGCGCAGUUCAGCCACAAAAAGUGUCUUGUGUUGGACUUGGACGAGACGUUGGUCCACUCGUCGUUCAAGUACCUCAGACAAGCGGACUUUGUGAUCCCCGUGGAGAUUGACAGCCAAGUGCACAACGUGUACGUGAUCAAGAGACCGGGUGUGGACGAGUUUAUCCGCCGUGUGGGUGAGAUCUACGAGGUGGUGGUGUUCACUGCCUCGGUCUCGCGCUACGGAGAUCCGUUGCUAGACAAGCUUGACAUCGAUAAGAACAUCCACCAUAGAUUAUUUAGAGAGAGCUGCUUCAAUUACCAAGGAAACUACAUCAAGAACCUUUCGCAGAUGGGCCGGCCACUCAAGGACACGAUUAUUAUCGACAACUCGCCUGCGUCGUAUAUCUUCCACCCGCAACACUCAGUACCGAUCUCCUCGUGGUUCUCCGAUACCCACGACAAUGAGUUGUUGGACAUCUUACCGUUCUUGGAAGACUUGGCGGAAAAGAAGGUGGAUGACGUGAGUUUGGUGCUCGACGUGACCAUCUAG